AUGGGGGACGUCAUGGUGUUGAACGACAUAGAGGCGACGGCGGCCCGAAUCGGAAUAGACCUCUCGCAGCUGGACCUCGAUUCCAUUCGUCUCCCUCCUGGUGAAAAUUUUGGCAUUAUAAGCGAUGAUGAGGAUAUAUACCAAGAGGAAAAUUCGGAGCUGGACUCAGGGUUUGGCAACAUAAUUGUUGUUGAUAACCUCCCGGUGGUUCCUAAAGAAAAGUACGAGAAGCUUGAAAAUGUCAUUCGUAAAAUUUACAGUCAGAUUGGUCUUAUCAAGGACGAUGGGUUUUGGAUGCCACUUGAUCCCGAAACCCAAAAAACGUUGGGCUAUUGCUUCAUCGAGUACAAUACUCCUCAGGAAGCUGAGCUUGCCAAGGAGAAGACUCAUGGAUACAAAUUGGACAGAUCACAUAUUUUUGCUGUCAGCAUGUUUGACGACUUUGAUAGGUUCAUGAAAGUUCCAGAUCAAUGGGCCCCUCCAGAAAGUAAUCCGUACAAGCCAGGGGAGAAUCUUCAACAAUGGCUUACUGAUGAAAAGGCCCGAGAUCAGCUUGUGAUUCGUGCUGGUUCGGAUACGGAAGUUUUGUGGAAUGAUGCACGGCACUUGAAGCCUGAACCUGUUUACAAGCGUGCUUUCUGGACGGAAAGCUUUGUGCAAUGGUCCCCUCUAGGGACUUAUUUGGCAACUAUUCACAGACAGGGUGCUGCUGUUUGGGGAGGUGCCUCUACCUUUAAUCGUCUGAUGCGUUAUGCUCAUCCCCAGGUUAGACUGAUUGAUUUCUCACCUGGUGAGAAAUAUUUGGUGACCUACAGCAGCCAUGAACCAAGCAAUCCUCGUGAUGCAAAUAGGGUCGUGAUAAACAUUUUUGAUGUGAGAACUGGAAAAGUAAUGAGAGAUUUUAAAGGAACUCCUGAGAUUUUGCAAUUGGAGGAACUGGAGGUGUUGCUGGGGUGUCUUGGCCGAUGGGCUGGCGGAAAAGAUGAUAAGUAUUUUGCCAGAAUGGGCAAAAAUGUUAUCUCUGUUUAUGAAACAGAGACAUUUUCACUUGUAGACAAAAAGUCCAUGAAGGUUGAGAAUGUUAUGGACUUCAGCUGGUCACCAACUGAUCCGAUUCUUGCUCUAUUUGUUCCAGAAUUGGGUGGUGGCAACCAACCUGCUAGGGUGAGUCUUGUUCAAAUCCCCAAUAAAGAGGAGUUGAGGCAAAAGAAUCUUUUCAGUGUCAGUGAUUGCAAAAUGUACUGGCAAAGCAAUGGGGAGUAUCUUGCUGUUAAAGUUGACCGGUAUACAAAAACAAAGAAAAGCACAUACACAGGCUUUGAGCUUUUCCGAAUCAAAGAGCGAGACAUCCCCAUCGAGGUUUUGGAGCUUGAGAAUAAGAAUGACAAGAUCAUUGCAUUUGCUUGGGAGCCCAAGGGCCAUAGGUUUGCAGUUAUUCAUUGUGAUAAUACGAGCUCAAAUAACAACCCAAGGCCCGAUGUAAGUUUCUACUCCAUGCGUAGUGGUCACAAUACAGGCCGUGUUUCAAAGCUCACUACUCUGAAAGGGAAGCAAGCAAAUGCUCUUUUCUGGUCACCUUCAGGGCGCUUUAUAAUACUCGCAGGAUUGAAAGGUUUCAAUGGGCAGCUGGAGUUUUACAAUGUGGAUGAGCUUGAAACCAUGGCUACUGCCGAGCAUUUUAUGGCAACUGAUAUUGAAUGGGAUCCUACUGGAAGAUAUGUUGCUACUGCAGUGACUUCAGUUCAUGAGAUGGAGAAUGGUUUCAACAUAUGGUCCUUCAACGGCAAGCUACUUUAUAGGAUACUAAAGGAUCAUUUUUUUCAGUUCUUAUGGCGCCCAAGGCCACCAUCAUUCCUGACUCCUGAGAAAGAGGAGGAGAUUGCAAAGAACUUGAAAAAGUACAGCAAGAAGUAUGAGGCCGAGGACCAGGAUGUGUCGAUGUUUUUGAGUGAGCAGGAUCGCGAGAAGAGGAGGAUGUUGAAGGAAGAGUGGGAGAAAUGGGUGGCUGAGUGGAAGCGGUUGCAUGAAGAAGACAAAUUGGAGAGGCAAAAGCUCAGAGAAGGAGAAGCAAGUGAUGAAGAAGAGGAGUACGAGGCAAAAGAUAUUGAGGUUGAAGAGGAAUUGGACGUUUCAGAGGAGGUCGUUUCUUUUGAAGAUUGA